GAGGAGUAGAAACAACAAGCCGCCAUUUUGUUUGUGCGGACAGACCGUCAGAAACAGGAGGAGAUAACCGAGAGAAGGAGCGACUCCGCCAACCGACGGCAGCCACUCCGGGAACCACCGGGUGAAGAAAGAGUGGCGAAAUCCUGUCCGUGUUAUCAGGGGAGAGAAAGCAUCACCAAAAAAAGAUAAGACGUCAGUGGAGGGAAAACCGAGUCGGCGAUAUAUAUGUAUGCAUGAGAAGGAAAUACUCCGACAAAUCCAAGGAAGGGGGUGUUUUGCGGAGCGGAGACAGAGAGGAGAGGCGGAAGAGGGCUAUAUAUUAUCGUAACGAGGAAAAACCUGCGAAAAAGGGAAAACAUCAACAUGAAAAUUCAUUAUGUGUCCGUCGCGGAGGAAGGAAAGAGUCCGCAUAGACAAUUAUAUAAAUAAAUUGCUGCCGGGCAGAAGGGAGAGGUGGAAAGAAAGACGGGUUUAAAGAGAAGGGAAAAUUGCCAGGAUCAACACGAAGGGGGGCAUUCUCCAUCACAAAGAGUCAAUGAGAGGAUUUUGUCAGCCCAAAAUAUUUUAGGGGGGUGUCAACAUUAGUGUGCCGAUUUGAAGCUUUCCGCUUCCGAAAUAGCCAUAAUUUCUUAACGACCCGCCGUCAUUUUUUUAAAUCACAUUUUCGCCUGUCGCCCUAGCUGUGCUCUGUUUUUUUUUUUUUUUGCCUAACAUCUUUUUUUCCUCCUCACUUGCACGACCAAUACAUCCUUAAAGCAGUGAUUGACAUAUUUUUUUGGAUUAUUUAUCAUUUUUUUGCAUUAUCUGAGAUUUCAAGUGCUCAAACCAAGCGAAAUCCGGAGGAGGAACCUCUUGUGGAGCACGAGAUAAGUAACCCCACAGAUCGUCCUCUGCAAAAUAAAACUAAUUGGAUCAAUCUGACUGCCUGCUGAUUGGCAAUUAGCGCUGUGAUUGCCCUCAAGAACUAUACUGUCAAAGAAAUAUAGUCUGCAUCAGAAUCGAUUGCAAAGGAGCAGAGAUUUUUUUGACAAGAUUUUUCUAUUUUCAACCUUUGCCAAUCCUGCUGACUGCAAUAGGCACACUCGCGUAAACGGGUUGCAACAACCAAAUGUGCAAUACGAGUCAGUUAGUUUCUGACCCAGUGCCUUGCAUGGUCAAACACUAAGUGCACAUUCUAGUCAGCAUGCACAUGCAAAAGAAAAGUCAUGCUUGGAUAUAUACAUCCGCAAUAUAUUUUCCUUUUAUCUGAGUAACUGCAGGUGUGUGACUAGUGUUUUCAUCUUUCUGCAGAACUGUUAAACUAUUUAUUCAGUUGCUGUUAAGCCAAUGCAAGUUUUUUUUUUCUCAGUAUUGCACACGAGAGCCUCCCACUUACGCUUUAAUUGUAUUUGAGGACUACUGCUGGUGGUCUCAACACACCGGUUGACUGCCUUUAGGGUCUGGAAACGUAAAGGAAUCGGUGGCAUUGACAGCAGUUGGAUGUGUGGUGGUCAGGUGAGAGAAAUGGUAAAUGUAACCGAGGAUCUCAUAACUGUUGCAUGAGAGGACGGCCUGCAGAAGUUAACACUCCUGGUUUGUGCUUUUUUGGAUCAUAAUUAUCAUUUCCGUGCCCCGACCGAGACUCUUUCCACUGGAGCGUUUCAGACCUGAAAUACAGGAUUUCUCCGCCGACUAUGGCGGACAGGACUGAGUGCAGCACGGAAGACGGAUCUUGGGACAAUUUUUGUGUCGCAGAAGAGGCUACAUGAGGUUGUCAGAGGGCCGCACGCUUGCCUUUUUUGCCGACUCCACCUUCCCACCUCCUCCUGUUCAAAUCUGUGAAGAAACACAAUCUCCGACAGGGGAGGGGGACUGAUAUCUGCAGAGAGGAAUAAACCGAGAGGGAGAACUGUGAGGGAAAAGAGUUCAACAUUGCUCUCUUCUCCCCUACCGUCCCCCAAGCGGUGGGGGAAAGAUCAGAAGCAUUUCUUAAAGGGAUAAGGAGACGCAAAUAAAGGAAAUACGUUUGCCCUCCGUGGAUCUACAGCAUUUUUUUUAAUUCGUCAAAAAUAUGGCCGAUAAUGUCCUGGACUCCGGCCCGCCUUCAGCCAAGAGGCCCAAGCUGUCCUCUCCAGCUCUCUCGGUGUCUGCCAGUGAUGGAAAUGAUUUUGGUUCGCUCUUUGACCUGGAGCAUGACCUCCCAGACGAGCUCAUCAGUUCCUCGGACCUGGGGCUGACCAACGGAGGGGAUGUCAGCCAGCUCCAUACCAGUCUUAGUGGACUAGGAGGAGGGCUCGGUUUGGGAGGCCAGGAUGCCGCUGCAAAACACAAACAGCUGUCUGAACUAUUGCGUGCUGCACCAGCACAGCAGGGUGGCCCCACUUCCAACAGCACAGCACCCGGGGCUUCCAUGGGGAUGAUGGGGGGUGUCGGUGGACCUCAAGGCAUGCCCCCCCAGGGCCAGCAGCAGCAACCUGGAUUAAUGCAGCAGGUUGGGAUGGUUGGGCUCAAUCGGGCAGCUGCCAUGAUGGGUGCCCAGAAGGGCAACAGUGGACCACAGCAGCAAGGCCUGAUGGGGGGACAGGUGAUGAAUGGCUCACCAAGAAUGGGUUACCCUGGCAGUGCAGGCAUGGGUAACAAUAGUAAUCUGUUGGCGGAAACCCUACAGCAGCAGGGCAACCAGCAAAUGGGACCCGGGGGUCAGGCAGGCAUGAGACCACAACAACCGGGAGCACUGAACAAGAUGAGUAUGAUGGCCAAUGCGGGCCCCUAUGGCGGUCCGUACGGCCAGUCUGGCCAGGGGCUGCCUGGAGCAGGGCUGGGCCCUCAGCUCCAGAAUAAGGCGGGCCUGCCCAACAAUAUGGCCUCCCAGUUCAACAUGGACAAGAAGGCACCAGGUCAAGGCAUGCCGGGGAUGCAGCAGCAGCCCGGAGCAGUUGGUGGUGUAUCCGUCGGCGGAGCAGCAGCAGUGGGAGGCGCUCAGGUUGGGCUAAAUGCCGUAGGGGCGGGUCCCGGCGCAGCGCCCCCUACCGCAGACCCUGAGAAACGGAAGCUGAUUCAACAGCAGCUGGUCCUCCUGCUCCACGCGCACAAGUGCCAGCGGAGGGAGCAGGCCAACGGGGAAGUGCGGCAGUGCAACCUGCCCCACUGCCGCACCAUGAAGAACGUGCUCAACCACAUGACUCAUUGCCAGGCUGGCAAGUCCUGCCAGGUGGCACACUGUGCCUCAUCCAGACAGAUCAUCUCUCAUUGGAAGAAUUGCACACGACAUGACUGUCCUGUAUGCCUGCCACUGAAAAACGCUGGAGACAAGAGGAAUCAGCAGUCUCUUGUAAACAGUGCAGGGAUGGGUUUGAUGAACUCUUUAGGUUCAGGCGUGCCUAGCGGACAGUCGAACACUCCAAACCUGAACCCUCCAAACCAGAUUGACCCCAGCUCUAUAGAGAGGGCGUAUGCUGCACUUGGCCUCACUUACCAGGGCAACCAGAUACCACAGCAGCCAUCGCAGCCCAACAUGUCGAACCAGGGGCUGCAGGGGCAACCUGGGAUGAGGACUUUGAACACAAUGGGUGGCAACUCUAUGGGAGUAAAUGGUGGAGUGGGGGUGCAAUCCCCCAACCAGCAGUCCAGCCUACUGCCAAACGCCCUGUUGCAUGGUAACAUGAAUCCACAGAGUUUGAUGAAUGACGGUGUGGGGAACCUGGGCUCCAUGCCCACGGCAACUCCUCCCUCUGCUGCAGGCAUGAGGAAGUCUUGGCAUGAAGACAUCACACAAGACCUCCGCAACCACCUUGUCCACAAGCUCGUGCAGGCCAUCUUCCCCACUCCUGAUCCAGCGGCCUUGAAGGACCGGCGGAUGGAGAAUCUGGUGGCUUACGCUCGAAAAGUAGAAGGGGACAUGUACGAGUCAGCAAACAGCAGGGCGGAGUACUACCACCUGCUGGCAGAGAAGAUCUACAAGAUCCAAAAAGAGCUGGAGGAAAAGAGGAGGACACGACUCCAGAAGCAGGGCAUGAUGCCCGGUCAGCCUGGUAUAGCCUCCCCAGGCCUCCCGCAGGUGCCUCCCAGCAUGGGACAGCCGCCCAUGGCCCCUGGGCAACCCCCGAAUGGUCCUCACGCCGAUCCGUCCAUGGUCCGACCAACUGGACCCAAUCAGAUGGUCAGCAGGAUGCAGAACCCAGCAGGGAUGAACCAAUUUGGUCAGAUGGGGAUGCAGCCAAUGGGUCAGAGAUCUCCUCUUCCUCUUAAUGCUCAAAUGAACCAGAUGGGUAUGGGAACAACAAGGAUGGGUCAGCCCAAUGCCACACAGUUACAGAACCAGUACCUCCCUCCAGGCCAGUUUCCUGGGUCCAGCCCUGGACUUGGCUCUGGUCCUGUUGGCAUGAACCAGCAAGGAGCACAGACUGCUGUGCCACCGCAGAACCAGAUGUCAACGCCGCCUUCCCUCCCAGCCAGCAGCCCUGCAGCACAGUCUGCCUCUUCUGCUCCAGGCUCUGCAGGCCCCGUAGGCUCCAUGGGGUCGGGGAGUGCCAGUGGGGCUGGGCCUUUACCCAACCUGCCUCCAUCUUCGACCCCCACCCAGCCUAACUCCUACCCUCACUGCCCACCCAUCCGAACAAACUCGCCCUCACCGGCACGCAGCUUAACGCCUCAGCCGCAUCAAACGCCCCCCACGUUACCUCGUUCUCAGACCCCACAGCCACAGACUCCCAGCACACCCCAGCUGCCCCCUCCACAGCAUCCCCAACAACAACAACAACAACAACAGCAACAGCAGCAGCAGCAGCAGCAACAGCAGCAGCAGCAACAACAACAGCAGCAGCAGCAACAGCAGCAGCAGCAGCAGCAACAACAGCAACAACAACAAGCUUCACAGCAGCACCCGCCAUCGGGGCAGGCAGCAAACUCUGAGAAGGCCAAUCAGCUUCCACAGCAGACACUUGGGGGUGUGGCUUCUUCAGCUCCCCAAGCAGGUCAAGCUUCUUCUGUGCCUACCCAGAAUGCUCAUGUGCCAUUGCAGCGGCCUCAGACCCCACUAUCUCCGAAGCCUUCUCUGACAGCAGAUGGUCAGGUGUCCUCUCCCGCCUCGGUCAACAGCAGUGCUGAUCCCAGCUCGCAGCACACCGUGGCGGACGGCUCUGCUCCCAGCCAGGAAGAAGUCAAGAUGGAGGUGAAGAAGCAGGAGGAGGAGGAUGACGGAGACGCAGAAGGAGAAGGCAAGGGGAAGAUGGGCAAGGGUCAGCAUGACGUAAAGACGGAGGAAAAACCAGAGAUAAAGAAGGAGAAGCCAUCAGGAGAGGGCUGUAAAGGCGAGCCCAUGGAUACAUCAUCAGGAUCAGCGUCAUCGUCAGUAGCAGCAAGUGAAGACAAGAAACCGGAGGUGAAGAAAGAGCCCAAAGAGGAAGAGGAGGGGUCAGGGUCAACGGCCAACAGCAGCUCUCCAGCCAGUGCUCAGAGCAAGAAGAAAAUCUUUAAGCCGGAGGAGCUGCGUCAGGCUCUGAUGCCCACCCUGGAAGCUUUGUACCGGCAGGACCCUGAGUCCCUGCCUUUCCGUCAGCCGGUGGACCCCCAGUUACUGGGAAUACCCGUACGUAUUCGAACUAGUAACAAAACUAACCUGGACUACUUUGACAUCGUGAAGAACCCCAUGGACCUGUCGACCAUCAAGCGGAAGCUGGACACAGGACAGUACCAGGAGCCUUGGCAGUACGUCGAGGACAUCUGGCUGAUGUUCAACAACGCUUGGCUGUACAACCGCAAGACGUCCCGCGUCUACAAGUACUGCUCCAAGCUGGCGGAGGUGUUCGAGUCAGAGAUUGAUCCCGUCAUGCAGGGCCUGGGAUACUGUUGUGGGAGAAAGUUUGAGUUUUCCCCCCAAACUCUAUGCUGCUAUGGAAAACAAUUAUGCACCAUCCAACGUGACGCUGCUUAUUUUAGCUACCAGAACAGGUACCACUUCUGUGAGAAGUGUUUCAACGAAAUCCAGGGCGAGUGUGUGUCCUUGGGGGACGAUCCCUCCCAGCCUCAGACUACGACAAACUCGAUGUCUGUGGCAACAUUCCCAGGAAAAAACACAAGAGGCGCGCAGUUCGCAGGGUCCAUCAACAAAGACCAGUUCCAACGGAAGAAGAACGACACACUCGACCCCGAGCUACUUGUGGAAUGUAUUGACUGCGGUCGUAAAAUGCACCAGAUCUGCGUCCUGCAUAAUGAUACCAUAUGGCCGUCGGGCUUCGUAUGUGACAAUUGCCUCAAAGCGGCCAAUAAGACGCGGAAAGAGAACAAAUAUGCAUCCAAAAGGCUUCCUCAGACCAAGUUGGGCUGCUAUUUGGAGACACGAGUGAACGAUUACAUCAAGCGGCACGACCUCCCCGACUCUGGCGAUGUCACCAUCCGUGUGGUCCACGUCUCAGACAAGGUGGUCGAGGUCAAGCCGGGCAUGAAGUCCAGGUUUGUUGACAGCGGAGAGAUGUCCGAGUCCUUCCCCUACAGGAUGAAAGCCCUGUUUGCAUUCGAGGACAUCGAUGGAGCGGACGUGUGUUUUUUCGGCAUGCACGUUCAAGAAUACGGCUCAGACUGCCCGCCUCCCAAUCAGAGACGAGUGUACAUCUCUUACCUGGACAGCGUGCAUUUCUUCCAACCUCGACUCCUCAGAACUGCUGUUUACCACGAGAUCCUGAUAGGCUACCUGGAGUAUGUCAGGAGGCAGGGGUAUACAACGGGUCAUAUCUGGGCCUGUCCACCCAGCGAAGGGGAUGAUUACAUCUUCCAUUGUCACCCAGCGGACCAGAAGAUCCCAAAGCCAAAACGGCUGCAGGAGUGGUACAAGAAGAUGCUGGACAAGGCGGUUGCAGAGCGCAUAGUCCAUGAUUACAAGGACGUCUUCAAGCAGGCAACAGAGGACCGGCUGACCAGCGCCAAGGAGCUGCCGUACUUUGAAGGCGACUUCUGGCCCAACGUCCUGGAGGAGAGCAUCAAGGAGCUGGAGCAGGAGGAGGAAGAGAGGAAGAGGGAGGAGAACAGCACCUCCAAUGAGAGCACAGAUGUGACAAAAGGAGACAGCAAGAAUGCCAAAAAGAAGAACAACAAAAAGACGAGUAAGAACAAGAGCAGCAUGAGCCGAGCCAAUAAGAAGAAACCAGGGAUGCCCAACGUUUCCAAUGACCUUUCCCAGAAACUCUACGCCACCAUGGAGAAACAUAAGGAGGUCUUCUUUGUUAUCCGCCUCAUUGCUGGCCCCACUGCCAACUCGCUGCCCCCCAUCACUGACCCGGACCCCCUCAUGGCCUGUGACCUGAUGGACGGCCGUGAUGCCUUCCUGACUCUGGCCCGGGACAAGCACCUGGAGUUCAGCUCUCUCAGGAGGUCCAAGUGGAGCACCAUGUGCAUGUUGGUGGAGCUACACAACCAGAGCCAGGACCGCUUCGUCUACACCUGCAAUGAGUGUAAACACCAUGUGGAGACGCGCUUCCACUGCACGGUCUGCGAGGACUAUGACUUGUGCAUCACCUGCUACAACGCUAAAGGUCAUGAGCACAAGAUGGAUAAGCUGGGGCUUGGCCUGGAUGAUGACAGCAACAACCAGGCAGCAGCAGCUACCCAGAGCCCAGGAGACUCUCGCCGCCUCAGCAUCCAGCGUUGCAUCCAGUCGCUGGUCCACGCCUGCCAGUGCCGCAACGCCAACUGCUCCCUGCCGUCCUGCCAGAAGAUGAAGCGUGUGGUUCAGCACACGAAAGGCUGCAAGCGCAAGACAAAUGGCGGCUGUCCCAUCUGCAAGCAGCUCAUUGCUCUGUGCUGCUACCACGCAAAACACUGUCAGGAGAACAAAUGUCCCGUCCCGUUCUGUCUGAACAUCAAGCAAAAGCUCCGGCAGCAGCAGCUGCAGCACCGGCUCCAGCAGGCCCAGAUGUUGAGGAGGAGGAUGGCCAGCAUGCAGAGGGUGGGGCAGCCGGCCGGAGGGCCGCCGGGAGGACCUGUUGUAGGGCUUCCAUCACCAGGGAACAAUGGUACCACAGCGCCCAGUACCCCAACUUCUGGUGGAACCCAACCCCCAACCCCCCAGACACCGACUCAGACCAUGCCUCCAGUUACGCAGCAGGGAAUGGGCCCUGGACCUCAGCAGCAACAGCAGCCCGGUGGAAUGCCCCCACAAAGUGCCAUGCCUCCUCAACACCCCCAUCAUCACCAGUUCUCGCAGAUGGCGGGUGGAGGAGGCGGGGCUGGGGGGAUAAUGAGCUCUCCCCAACAUCAGCAGCAGAUGCUUCCUCAGGUCCAGCAGCAGCAGCAAAGUGGAGCAGGGACCAACCCUCAACAGCUCCAACAGCACCCCAACAAUUUGCCUCCAUAUGCCAGCAGACCUCCGGGCUCCUCCCCAAUGCAUCAGUCCCAGGGCAAACCGGUCCUCGGCUCGGCGACACCUCCCCAUGGUGGCCCUGUCAUGCCUGGAAAUGUUGGGGGCCAACAAGCUCCCAGCCAGCCACAGGGCCAGCCUCCCCUUCCACAGCAACCGCAACAGCACCCCCCUUCUGGCCCGCCACCGGCUGCAGUAGAAAUCGCCAUGAAGAUCCAACAGGUGGCUGACGCUCAGAGGAAGAUGGCUCUGCAGAGACAGGCAGCCCAGGCAGCGGCAGGCUUGAUGCCUCCUCACCCUCACCAUCAACAAGGUCAGGGACAGCAGAUGGGCAUGGGACACCCAGGGGCGGUUGGGAUGGUCGGAGCCCAGGGUAUGCCACCACAGAACCAUGCAGCAGUGGCAGCUGCUCGGGCCCACAUGGAUCAACAACAAGGAGCUCCACCAGGGAUGAUGGUUGGUGCUGGUGGGCCCAUGCAGCAACCCCCUCAGCAGGGUAACCUGCCCCAGGGCCAGCUCCCCCCUCAGGUACAGCUUCAGCAGCAGAGAAUGGGUGCUCCACAUCAGAACCCUCAACAGCAGCAGCAGCAGUGGGCAGGUCAGGGGAUGCCCCCUCAGCAGAGGCAAGCGAUGAUGAACCAAAUGAGCCAUCCUGCCAUGAUGGCAGCUCAACAACAACAACAACAGCAACAACAACAACAGCAACAACAACAACAACAACAGCAACAACAACAGCAGCAGCAAAUGCAACAGCAGCAGCACCAACAAGCUCAGGGCCAUGCUGCCUUGAUGAGCAUAGCGCAGCAGCAGCAAGGGGCUGGUGGUGGGAUCCCUGGGGGAGCUGUCCCUGGAGCUCCUGGUGUGCCGGGUGGUGUUGCUGGUGGGAACAUCCCCCAGGCAGCCCUUCAGGAGCUGUUACGGACUCUUCGCUCACCGAGCUCGCCCCUCCAGCAACAGCAAGUCCUCAACAUCUUACGGUCUAACCCACAGCUCAUGGCUGCUUUUAUCAAGCAGAGAGCCUCAAAAUACAAGGGGGGUCAGGGAGGCCCAGGGGGACCGGGUGGUAUCCCUGGAGGUCCUGGACCCACAGGGGGUCCUGUUGGUAAUGUCAUGGCAGGAGGGGGCCCACAGGUGAACAUGAACGCUGCAGGUGGCGGCCAGCCCGGCAUGCACAUGGGGGGACAGGGAGGGACAAAUGUCAACAUGGCCACUAUGGCUCAGCUGCAGCAAGUCCAGCAGCAACAGCAACAGCUGCAACAGCAGCAGUUACAGCAGCAACAGCAGCAGCAACAACAACAACAACAGCAACAGCAACAACAACAACAGCAGCAGCAGCAGAGGCCAAUGCUCAGCGGGUUACAACAGCAGCAGGUUGCUCUUCAGCAGCAGCAGCAACAACAGCAACAGCAAGGUGGAGGAAGAGGUAUGCAGGGCCAGGGGCUACAGAUGGGAAAUAUCAACAGUCCCCAGUUUAGAGAGCUGCUCAUGAGGCGGCAUCUCCAGCAGCAGCAGCAGCAGCAACAACAGCAGCAGCAGCAGCAGCAGCAGCAAAUGGGAGUAAAUCAUGGUCAGUUCCAGCAGCCACAGCCGCCACAGGGGCAGGGCUACAUGGGACAGCCUGGGAUGCAGCCUCCUGCAGUGGGACAGGGACCACCUGGAGGCCCGCCUCUUGGCCCUCAGCAGCCUGGUGGUCCUCCAGGACAGCAGGGGCAAGGUUACCCAGGGUCGGUGGCCCAGCAGCAGGCCACAGCUGCACUCCAGCAGAGGCUCCAGCACCAGCACCACCUCCAGAUGCAGCAGCAGCAGCAGCAGAAUGCCAUGGCUGGCCUGCCGGGGGGUGACGCAGGGCCAGGGGGAGGGCCUCAGCAACCACCUCCGGGCCCACAGCCCAAUCCGAAUGGCCCCCCACCAUCGUCUCUGAUGCAACAGGCCCUCCACCAGAGGCUGCUCCAGCAGCAGCAGCAGCAUCUGGGCCCUGGUGGGUCUCCAGCCCAGCACAGCAAUCCCAUGAGCCCUCAGCAGCCGCAGCAGAUGGCCCAGUCCCCGCACCCGCACCAACACCUGCAGGGCCAGGCGCUGUCCACGUCGCUAGCUAACCAGGUGCGAUCUCCGCAGCCUUCACCGAGACCCCAGUCCCAGCCACCACACUCCAGCCCGUCCCCGCGCAUGCAGCCCCAGCCUUCCCCACAUCACAUCUCCCCUCAGAUGCAGACGGGUUCUCCACACCCGGGCCACCUGAACCAGCACCACCCGGGCAUGGUGGUCCCUCCACAACAACAGCCAACGACCCAGCAGCAGCAGCAACAGAACUCUAUGGAGCAGUUUGGGUCGGACCAGAGCGCCAUGCUGUCUCAGCUGAGCAGCAUGGCCGGUCUACACGGGCCGGGGGGGAACGGUCAGGACCCGCUGGGCCAGAACAUGAAUCACAACCCUUUAGACAUCAUGUAGGAAUUCUACUUAACGUGUCAAGUCGAGCUGAGACGCUCCGUGAUUCUUCGCACAAACUGCACUCACCCAGGACAGUGUUAUUGUUAUUACUUAGCCUUUCUUUUUUAUACUAUUAUUAAAUGUUAUUUAAAAUGUUUUCAAUAAAGAUGCAUUGAACUGAACCUUCCUAUGGGAGAUGAACAAUAAAUCAAGCAGUCGUUAAAUAAAUUAGAAUAAAUGAAUUGUAAGUUAUUGCUGUUAAUAUAUUUUUUUUGCCAAUUGUGGACAAAGAGGGGGAUGGUUUCUCUUGCACCACCCCCCUUACCUCCACCUCUCGCUGAAUAGAAGAAAGGUGAUAUUUUCGGGGUUUUGGGGGUAAAUAGGAGUACUUGCCUUUUUUAAGAAAUGUUUUUAAGAUUUUAAAAGUGGUCGAGAAUUAAAGAGGAAAUGAUUUAAUGCAAAGAACUUUUUUUAUCGGUUUUGUUUCCCCAUCAUUCAGUCUGUCUGUCUGUUUCUGUUCUGCAGAGUGAUGUGGAUUAUUAUUAAUGUAAAUCCAAACAUGAUGCAUAUCUUCAUUUUUUUUUUUAAUGUUUGGGUUUGCUUUAUUUAUUGUUUUUUUUGGGGGGGGGCGGGGUUUGGGGGUGUUACGUACCCUGAGACUGCUACAAUUCGUAUAGAAAUAUAUUUUUCUUAUUGACUGUUAUGACAAGGGUAGUGGAUAUUUCAUUUCACUUUAGAUGUCUUUAGUUGGGUCUGUCCAGGCGGGAAUAAUUAAAUGUCAGUGUUUAUUGCAGUGGUUGAGGGUCUGCUGUGAGUUUGAACGGACAUAUUGUGACGUCCCGGCCGGCUUCGGUAUCGGACAUCAGUCAUGCUGGAAGCGACUCUUCCCUCGCAAACAUGCAAGCCCUCUCCCUCGAAUGUGUGUGCACUCCUUCCUUUAAAGACACUUAAUCUGGAGCAGUGGAGGCUUGGGGAGGGGGGGUGCAUACCUGUGUGCCUGAAACAUUUUGAGUACAUGGGCUGGGAUGUGAAAAUAAAUGGGUGGGGUGGGCUCCUUUUAGUGUUUUUAGGAUUCCGCUGUUUGGAGUAAACAGAGGAUUUUUGAUCCAAAUGAACUGUGUUGCACAGAAAUGAGGAGAAAAGGAGGAGAUAUGAGCAGUCGGUCUCCGUCUCUUUCUGCCUCGUCCCCUUUGCUGCUCCCCUCGGACUUUAAAUCCCCUCCCCCUCCUCCUCCUCCUCUUCCUCUGGGGGAAGUUGCUCCCCCUACCCUCAAACUCCAUCCUCUUUAUCUUUCUGCUAAGAACUUUGGGAGUUUAAUUUAAUAUUUUUUACUGUACAAAGGAAACACAAACUGUGGACUCAAAUACUGUUUUUUAUAAUAAAAUGAAAAUUACCAACA